GUAAGCAAGAAGGAGUGAGAGAGAUACAGAGAGAGGGAGAGAGAGAUAGAGCAACCCACUGCUCAGAAAGAAGGCUGCUGCCUUUUGAAAUUGUCUGUGUCCUGCACACUCCAUCACCAGCCCCAUCACCAGGAACUGAACAUGUUUGGAUGAACAAUCACUGCUUUCAAAGAAAGAGGAGUUCAGAGCAACAUUGUCCACAUCAACUUCAGCAGACGGAGAGGGUGGACUUGUGUGUCCCGUCCCAUCAUGCACAGCGCAGCUGCCAUGCUGUUUGCUGCCACCUGCUUCACGUGGGCAUCAGCUGUAUUUCAGCAUCAAAAACAGGUGCAGAAAAAACUACGGUACCUUCUUGAGCCACCCGUCUAUGCUGAAAUAACCGCACCUCGAGGAUCAAACAUCACUCUUCCAUGUUUGCUGCAAGCCAAACCUCCCCGGUACAAGGUGAAGUGGACAAAGGUGGAACCUCUUCACCAAGGAGUUGAAAACAUUGUGCUCAUCACAAAUGGACACGCGCAGAAGGGCUACGGCUUGUUGGGUCCCAGAGCAUCGCUACGCCGGGCACAUGCGCUAGACGCCUCUCUGCGCAUCAGCAACCUGGACCUGGAGGAUGAUGGCAGAUACCGCUGUGAGCUUGUCAAUGGAAUCGAAGAUGAGAGUGUUAUCCUUACCUUAAGGAUAGAAGGGCUUGUGUUUCCUUAUCAAAGUAGUAAUGGCCGCUACAAAUUCACCUACCAGGAAGCCAAAGAGGCUUGCAAUGGACAGGAUGCUACUCUAGCAACAUAUCAGCAGCUGUACAGAGCCUGGACAGAGGGACUGGACUGGUGUAAUGCGGGAUGGCUGAACGAUGGCACAGUCCAUUACCCCAUACUGCACCCGCGGGCACAAUGCGGGGGGGAAGAACUCCGACCUGGAAUUCGCAGCUAUGGACCCAAAGACAGGAGUCGAGACUACUAUGAUGCCUUCUGCUUCACUUCUACAACUGCAGGGAAUGUGUUUUUUGUUGGGGGGCAGCUUAGCUUUCCCAAAGCACUGGAGGCUUGCAGGGAGAAGGGGGCAGAGCUUGCCCGAGUUGGGCAGCUCUAUUCGGCCUGGCGCUUCAGAGGCUUAGACCACUGUGACGGAGGCUGGCUGCAUGACGGCAGCGUGCGCUUCCCUAUCACCACUCCCAGGAAGCGCUGUGGAGGCCUGCCCGAUCCGGGGGUGCGCAAUUUUGGCUUCCCUAACAAGACCCAGCGUCUCUACGGGGCUUACUGUUACAGGUAGUGGAGCCCUCACUCACUCUUCAGAAGAAGACAGCAGAACACAGAAUGCUUGGAUUGACCAAGAUCAAGGCUGACUUUUUUGCUUGUAAACUUAAGGAUAACUGCAUCUACAACUAAACAGCUUCAACCUUUCAGCCUAUUGUUACCACGCUGAUGUGUAUAUGCAAUGUCACUUGUCAUGACAAGAGAAGUGUCUGUCCUGGAAUGUGUUGCCAGAUAGUAUCAAGAUUACAUACCAUAACAGGAAAGCUGUGCAGCGAGGCAGAACUGAAGUUUAGUGGGGUGUUUUCUCAGUUUUUAUGCCGUUUCUGACAAAUCCCAACUUUCUAAAGACUGGUAGACUGGAAUCCCUGAACAAGACAAAAUGAAACAAUGACAUAUGAAGGAUGCAUAACUUUUAACUCAUGUUUUGCUUAUGUGAUGUAUAUAAUAACA